GUAGUUGCACCCUGACCAUUUCUACUACAAAUUUGUUGGUGACAUAGGUGGUGAGAUUUGUGUAAUGUCCAUAUUUCACAGUUUGUAACAUGAUACAGAUGGAUGUAGGUGCAUGCUUUCAUGGAAUAUCACUUUGAUCCUCAGAUCUCCAUGUUCAUCUGUCAGAAUUUGGUCUGUGGUCUUGUUUUCUUAUUUACAUUGGGUUUUACAGUUCCCAUGGUGCAAUCUUCAGAUUCCUGCUAUUUACCAUGACCAGUCCCUCAAAAUGCCCAAAUUGUCCCCCUUAAUGCAAUCUUCUAUGAAGUUCAUUGCACAACAUGGCAUUGGUGCCAUACUUGUGUUUGAGUAUUUGUACUUCUUGUUGCAAGGCAAAGGAAGAAAGGGUGAUUUGCAGGAGAACCUGACUUUGGCUGUCAAACACUACCAAACUUCAGCCUUUCAGGAGCAUGGUGAAAAUGUAGAGGUUUUAUGCUCCAUCUUUUUGGAUAUUGCAAAGAAGAAUCAGAUUUCAAAAAUAUUAAGUAGCAAAGGAUAGCUCCUAAGUUUGCUGAAGUGGUUCAGUGAGACUGCUGUAUUUCCUAUCAAUGUAGCAUUUGAAGAACAGAUACAGAU